GGUAUUCUUGUCCGGUUGGCAGAUUAGCUGCUGCAGCCCCAAGCAACUGCCUGCCUUUCUCCUUCUACUUAGCCGAGGUGCCCAUGAGGUCAACAAUGAGGCUGGCCACAGCAGUCCUGUUACUGGGUCUAAUCAUAGUGGUCACUGGAAGGCAGGAAGAAAAUGAUCCAUGUGUCUCUGAAGCCCUCUCCAGCGAGGACGCCCUUUUAUGCAGGGGCCUUGAAGUUUUGUACCCAGAGGUGGGGAACAUUAGCUGUAUGUAUGUUCCUGACUGCAGCAACUACAGAGAGAAGAUCACCCACUGGCCGGAGCCCAUAGUCAAGUUCCACGGGGCCUUAGAGGAUGCAAAGUAUAUCCUGAUCAUGGUGGAUCCAGAUGCCCCCAGCAGGUCUUCUCCCAUAGCACGCUUCUGGAGACAUUGGCUGGUGACAGAUAUCAGAGGCACUGAUAUGAAGAAUGGGAGGAUCCAGGGCCAGGAGCUGACACCCUACCAGCCUCCCACCCCACCAGCACAGACUGGCUUCCACCGCUACCAGUUCUUUGUCUAUCUUCAGGAGGGAAAGAUCAUCUCUCUCCUUCCCGAAGAAAAUGACUCCCGAGGCGCUUGGAAUAUGGAGAGAUUUCUGAACCGCUUUCACUUCAAUGAACCGGAAGCAUCCACCCAGUUCUUGACCCAAAACUACGAGGACUCGCCAGCCCAGUCUCCUGGAGGAGGUGGGAAUGCGCCUAAGGGCAAAGCAGAGAUAACUGCAUCCCAGGCCUUAGGUUCCCUCUUCCAGGUGUGUGCCUACCUCCAAUGGGCUGGCCUCUGAAUAAGGAACCACUUAUCUUUCAGAUUAAAGGAAAACAAAAUAUCAUCCAAGGUUGUCUCAUUUGGUGUUUUGUUUCCUUACAUGUCUUCAAAAACCAACAAGAGAAAAUCAAGCAAUGCCUGGCACUGGGGCUUGGAGCUCUAUAGUAAAUGCAAGUGGGGGGGAUGGGGCUGGGGAUAGAUUGUAGGCAGGAAGAGGGUAGGGACCUUUAGCUCUGAACUGUCACUGAGUCACUGUGUGCCCUUGAGCAAAAUCACUUAUUCUCUCUAACGUUCCGCUUCCUCGGCUGUGAAACUGAGGUGGGAAGAAGAGGCAGAGUACAGCUGGUGUAUCGCCAUGGUCCUUUCCAGCUCUGACAUUCAACAACAUUCAUUUAACAAGUAUUGUUGCUACCUAUCAUGUGCCUGACCUUCUGCUAGCUGCUGGGGAGAUAUCAGAUAAACAGGGCAGACAAGAUAUGGUACUUGCCUCACAGAGCUUACACUCUAGCUGGGGAGAGAAACAGGCAUCAGACUAACGCAAGCAAAUUAUAACAAACUGUGAUAAGUGCUAUGAGUGUGUAAAAGGGGGCUGAUUUUUGAUGGAGGGGGAGGGCUGAAGGCUCAGGCAAGGCCUCUCAGAGGAAAUGGUGUUUAAAUUCAGGACGGAAAGGCUGGGUAGGGUUAACUAAGUGUCUUAGUUAUCUCGUGCUGCUAUAUCAGAAAUACUACAAGUGGACGGCUUUACCCAACAGAAAUUUAUUUUCUCACAGUUUAGGAGGCUAGAAAUCUAAAUUCAGGGUGCUGGCCCUAGGUGAAGGUUUUCUCUCUCUGUGGGCUCUGGAAGAAGGUCCCUGUCCCUUCCAAGCAUCUGCUCCUGGAACAUCUUCAUGUGGCUUGGCAUCUCUCUUCCCCCAUCUCUGCUUGUUUCACUUGAUUUUUUUAAUCUCUUUUAUAUUUUAAAAAAGAUUGACUCAAGAUACACCCUACCCUAAUCCUGCCUCAUUAACAUAACAAAGAUAACCGAUUCCCAAAUGGGAUUAUAACCACAGGCACUAGGUUAGGAUUGACAACACAUAUUUUGGGAGGACAAAAUUCGAUCCAUAAUGCUAAGUGAGUGACAGCAGGGCUGAAGAGCAUUCCAGAGAGAGGAAACAGCACCUGCAAAGGUCCUGUGGCUGAAAGGGACAUGCAUGACAUGUUCCCUUAAGUCAAAGGCCAGGAGAUUGAAGGGAAGAAUUCAAGGAGGAGACUGGCUGAAGAGGUGGCAAAAGACCACAACAUGCCAGGCUUUGCAGCGAUCUUCAAGUUUUAGAGUGGCGGGUGCAGCGGGGAGAAGAAUGGCGUAAUCCGAUUUAUGCUUUUGAGAACGCUACGAAUAAUCCCCAGGCUAUUCCUUUUCUCCCAGGAAAGGAAUUUUGGCAUCUAACUCCCCUGGACCUCCUCUGGAGGUCACUUGGCUCUCCGACCCCAACCUCUGGGAGAGACCUCUCUGUUAUGGUCUCACAGCCUGAAUCAUGCAUGGCUCCCCAAGCCACCCCCAACCCCUACUCUUCCCAGCUCCAGUCCUCUCAGUGCCUCCUCCCAAUUUCCCCCUCAGCUCAGCUUCCCUCCAAGAGUUAAUAACCCCCCUCUCCUUGGCUAGGGUGACUCAUGUGCACACAGGGCUUUGAGAUCCCCAGAUGAAAGGGGCAGGCUGCAGCUGGGCACGGGGUUAUUACCUUCUUAGCACCAUGGUAUGUUCAAUUGCCUCAUAUGCACGCAGAAGUGGAACAAUGAAUAAGGAAAACUGAAAAAGAAUUGAUGCCUUUGAAUUAUGGUGUUGGCUGUAAAUAUUGAAUAUACCAUGGACUGCCAGAAGAAUGAACAAGUCUGUCUUGGAAGAAAUACAGCCAGAGUGCUCCUUGGAGUGAGGAUAGUGAGACGUCAGCUCACGUACUUUGGACACGUUGUUAGGAGAGACCAGGCCCUGGAGAGGUACAUCCUGCUUGGUAAAGCAGAGGGUCAUCAAAAAAGGGAGACUCUCAACUAGAUGGAUUGAUACAGCGGCUGCAACAAUGGGCUCAAACACAGCAACAAUUAUGAGGAUGGCACAGGAGCAGGCAGUGCUUCGUUUUGUUGUACGUAGGGUUGCUAUGAGUCAGAACCGACUCGAGGGCACCUAACAACAACGCCAUGCUCCACAUUCGCUGAGAGGCAGAGGAGCUCUGAUCCAGGCUUAGCCCUCUUGUAGCUAGUUGGAAAAUUUUAGCCUUGGGGAGCUGAAUAACGCAAUAGAGUGGGAGACUGAGUUUGUGAAUGGGCUCCCCACUCCCACUAAUAAACUCGUUCUCUGCCCAGGUGAUGGACACCAAAUCCUUGUUUUCUAGAACAGCAUUUGAUACCACCCCAAAGCAAAAGGAAUCCUAGGCCACAGGAACUCCUGAAGCUCCUCCCUCCCUUCUACCCCACCAGGCAAAACAUGCGAGAAAAGCUAAAAUAAGAAGGGAAAAGGAAGAGUCCAUUUGCAAUGUCAUAGAAGGCAGCCUCCAAAGGGACUUUCUGGGUAUGUGUGAACCUCACACUCCCUGGGGCCUUCUCCCCAGCCCCCACCUCCACCAGACAGGAGUGUAAUUGGCAGCUCCGGUUGGUGCCCAGGGCCGGGAUAAAUAGAAGGUCAGCUUCCUCAAGCAGCCCCAAAUGGAGACAUAUCCUCCCCUCUUCUGCUUUUAAUUCCUUGUGGCUAGCAUGUUUAUUUUGGGUGAGGAAAAAAAAAUCGGAUGUUUAUCCUUCGAGGAAAUUAUCGGCUUGCUUUCAUUCCUUUUUUUUUUGCCCCCCACCUUUCUAGUCCUCUGGUGUUUUGGGCUUUUAGUUCAGUUGCAGGAGAGAUCCCCACCCUCCUGCCCCCAAAAUGUGAAGAUAAAACAAAGCUGACCCAGGCUAUAGGCCAAAGCCGUUCCUUCCACAGGUCGAUCCCUGGAAGCCACAGAGAACGAGGUCCCAGUGGCAGAGAGGGGAAUCCUGGAAGCCAGGGAGACAUUGGGGGAAACCCACUCUGGACUCAAUUUUCUGCUGCAAAACUCCUUGAGCCUUUCACCCCUUUCUUUUCACUGGCUUCUCUAGGGAGAAACAAGAGGACAAUGCGAGUUGCUUUGAGAUCUGUAACGAAACAGCUAAGGAAAAUAUAAGGGAGUGUUAAUGACCCCUUUACAGGGAGAGAGAGAACAGACGUGAUUAUUACCAUCAUCAUUAGCAGAUACCAUUUACUGAGCACUUUCUACAUACCAGGCACUGUGCUGAGUGCUUUGCACGCAUGAUCUCCUUUACUGCAUUCCUAUACUGCUUCACAGCUCACAGGGGUUUCCUACAUAUUACCUCAUGCAUUUGUCACAACAACAUAAUAAUGUCAGUGCCAUUAUUCUCAUUACAUAGAUGAGACUCUGAUAAGCUAAAUAACCUACUCCCUGUUUCCCAACUAGUAAUGGUGGAAUCUGGAGUUAACUCAAGUCUUCUCACUCCUAGUAUUAGAGGUAAGCAGCACUCUAAUUUUACUCUCUGGCCUACAUAAAACGAAUACCAGGCCUUCUAUUUACUCGGGAGCUGGACUGAGCCAAAAUAGGGAGAGCUAGAAGUUCCAGAAGAACCUAAAGGAGGCUCCCCCAAGCGUCUGCCCUUCCUCCAACUUCGGCCAUCUGGACCAAGUGUGAUUUGUGGGGCUUUGGGAUAUUCAUGGGGCAAGGAACCAGUUCAGUCCAGAACCAUUACCACCACCGCCAUCACCACCCCCACCCCUGCCCAAGGCCCAGACCAUGGAACCACCCCUCUCCUCCCAGAAACACACCUGUGUGAUAAGUGCCCUUAGGUAGGGAAGCAAGGUGGGAAAGGAAGGAAAGCCAUGUAGGAAAACUCCCUGAUGUUGAUGAGGGGGAUGAUGAUAAGGACAGUGAUGACUGUGAAGAGGAGGAAUCCAGCUUAGGGCUGAGCAGCCAUGGGAUGGGAAGAAAACCUGGUAUAUGCAUUAAGUGGUGCAGUUUUAAAAGCACAGGUUUUCUUACUAAAAAAAAAAAAAAAAAACACUAGCAGACCUAAAUUCACAUCUAAUUUCCACUACUUAAUAA